AUGUCGCAAGCGGAGGUCAACCCGGCCAAGAAGGACGAGAAUGCUCGUCUGGCAAAGCACCCUUCCCUCGUCAGGCCCCUUUAUGCUUUCGACCUACCUCCAGCUUUGCACAACACACUCAAGCUUCGAUCACGCAUAGAGGAAGCGGAAGCCUCUCAGUUACUCGCACCCAGCAAUGCUCCUUCACAGUCUUUAGUAUCGCAGGACCAAACGCAGUCGGACGACCAGAGCCAAGUGCGCAACCCUUCGCAUCUUCGUGUGCCUCCUUGCUCGCUCUGUCCAGGCUGUCCACCUUUCCCAUCUGUCACAGCGCAACGAGCACAUUUCCGAUCUGAUUGGCACAGAUACAAUGUUCAACUCAAUGUUCAGAACGGCUCCGUGCUCGUUUCGGAGCAAUCGUUUGAACGUCUUUCGGAAGAGGUUGAGUCAGCUAGCGAAGUCGAAUCAGACGAAGACGCACAGCAGUCUCGCUCUACCGCCGUCAAGACAGACCUCGUCACCAAGAUUCUGGCUCGAACAUCGCUUCAAGCUGGCAGCUCUGCGUCUACUGCUGCUUCGGAGGAUGCGGAAGCUGAUGCGCUAGAUGCUUUUCAGCUGCGUGCGCCUCUGUUGUGGUUCGUCUCCAAGGACAGCGCGCCCGACACGGACAAGCUGCCUCAGACUCAACUCGGAUUCCAUCGAAAUGUCUUCCCCGAUCCAGGAACAUCCUCAGCCCCAACCCUGUCGCCUUCAUCCUCCAUCAACGACUGGUAUGCAGCCUGUAUCGCCUCCAUGCAAGCCGGUCGCAUCACACGCAAAGGCUCAAAGCAAUCAGCAUGGAAGGGGAAGCGCAUAAAGUCAAAGGAAGUACAAGAGGCAGCAAAGUCCGUCAUGAUGACCGUUCUGGACGGUCAAGGCUUCAUUCCAGGACUUUCUACAGCAGUCAAGUCGGAAGGCGCUGGCAGCAGCGACGAGUACGAUGAAGCUACUUCAGGCUCUGAAGACGGUGAAUCUUCCGAUGAGACCAUGUCUGCAUCCACCAUCAGCCGCAAUCCCAACCCUGAUCCUCCACUCCGCAUGUGGACGGUACUUCUGCUCGGCGGAGGACAUUUUGCAACCUCAGUCAUUGCACUCAACCCGCAUGUGAUCACCUUGCAAGGUCGAAAACAAACUGGUGCUAGAGAAGACCGGUCCUUGAUUCUUUUGGCGCACAAAGCAUUCCACCGAUAUACCACUCGACGAAAGCAGGGAGGUGGACAAGCGGCUCAAGACGCUACCGGACGUUUCGCAAAGUCUGCUGGUGCUCAAUUGCGACGAUACAAUGAAGCUGCACUUGGUGAUGAUGUGCGUGGCCUGCUCGACACGCCUGGUUGGCGAGAACUCAUCUCGCGCAGUGAAAAAAUCUGGAUUCGAGCUGGAGCUCGAGCAGCGCGUGGAUUGCUUUGGUCCUGGGAAGGCGCCAAAGCUAAUCGGGGCAGCCCACUCGAAGUGGCACGCAACGAUGGACGGCUCGCAUCUCUGCCAUUCCCUACACGACGUCCAACGAUCGGCGAGACAGUGCGAUGCUUCCUUGAACUCACCAAGGUCAAGGUCGAGCACAAAUCGCAAGAGCAAUUGGCAGCUGAGCAAGAAGAAGCGCUCCAGCAGAUCAAUCACAAGUCUCGCAAGGAAGCUGAAGCCAAGCGUCGAGAGGAGAAAGCGAGAGAACGAGCUGCAGCUCUGGACAAGAGCCGAGCAGAGAAGGCUGCCAAGCCGGCUCGGCUGACGGAAGAGGAGCAGGCGGAACGCAACAAGUGGUCGCGACUCGUCGAGAUGGUACGCAAGAACCGAACAGAAGCACUCAUGACAUUCUUGAGCAAGAACGAGGAGGAUAUACUGGAUGGGAAAAUGGAUACAAGACUGCCAGACUGGCUGCUGGAACAGGAGAUGAAUGAAGCAGGUCCUUCAGCUCCAGCUUCGAGGUUGAUGCCAACAACGAUCCUACAGCUGGCAGCAGAAGCUGGAAGUGAAGAUGUAACUCACUACCUGCUCAAAGAGAAGGAUGCAAAUCCUACACUCCCCACGGAGCGUCUAGGCGAGCUUCGAAAGCGUUUCUCUGCCGCUGAUAAGAGGCAAGACGAGGCCUCUGCAGAAAUGCCUCACCGGACAGCCUACGAUUUUUGCAACACCAAAGAAGUGCGCAACGUCUUCCGACGGAUGAUGGCCGAGCACCCUGACCGAUACGACUGGGGAGGAAUGACAUCCGGAGGAGCCCGCGUGCCAAGCGCCUUGACAGACGAGAUGCAAGACCACCAGAAUGCUAAGCAGAAAGAUCGACGUGCAGCGAUGCGUGAGAAAGCUCGAGAACGUGCCAACAAGGCUGCUGAAAAAGCGACUUUCACGCCUGUUCAAUCGGAGGACCAAGUGGGCAAGGCGGAGACGAUUGAGUCGAAGAGCUCGCACCAAACGACAAACCGUCUUGGUGGCACCAAUGUUGCUCCUAGAACAUUGCUGCAGCAGAGGGAUGAACAGCAAGGUCUGACACCCGAAAUGCGCCUUCGAAUCGAGCGAGAGAAGCGUGCAAGAGCGGCAGAAGAGCGCAUCAAGUCUCUGAUGAACAACUGA